UGAGUGUUUAGUCAAUUAUUUUGACAUAAAUGUGUAAUAUAAAAUUUUUUGAAGGCGAUUACGUUAUCAUGACAUCCCCGAGUGUCAGUAGUCACCAAAGGUAGCACCGUAAACAUGACUCCCAAGCGAAAAAACACGAGCUCAGAGUCGUCGACCUCGAGUAGCUCUGGUUCGUCGUCCAGCAGUUCGUCGAGCUCGGGAAGUGAAUCCAGUUCCUCAGACUCUGAAAACUCUAGUAGUUCUGCAGCCAGUCAGAAAGCAUCUGACUCAGACAGGGUCAAAAAGAAAGCACAAGUGGCUGCAUCUCGCCAUGUCAAGGGCAAAACGGAAACAAAUACAGCACCAGUGGAGACCAAGACCAAGGAAAAGAACGCGUCAAAGUCGAGGUCUGUUGUCUAUUCCUCUGAGUCGGAGGGAUCUCCUGGUAAGGCAAAACCAUCACCAACCAAGAGAAAACUACCUGCUAGGCCCAAGGCUACUGCCACCGUUGCUCCAGUGGUGAAACAACAAAAGACUGGUGCUAAGCCAAGUCCUGCAGUUGUGCUGCAACAUAAAAAUGCCUCACCAGUAAAGCCAGUGAAUAGAGUGAACAAGUUUUCUGCCAACACGACACCUGGGAAAACGAUAGAUAAAAGCACUAAAUCUUCAUCCGAACUAGCCCUAAAGAAAUUUAAGAAGAAAAGUAUAUUUAGUCCUGAAAAUAGUAGUGAAAGUGAUGGCAAUACACCUGUUAAAAUGACAAACGUGAAACCAACAAGUAAUUCUGUAAAUGCUUCUAAAACUCAGCCACAGCAAGUUAAAGUCAAGCCUAAUGAACAAAAACGAUCUUUGAUUAGUAAUAGACCUAGUUUGAUAACGAAACAAAUAGUCAAAUCUGAAAGUUCGGCAAGUUCCAAAAGUUCUGCAUCCGCAUCAGGAUCUACGGCCACAUCAGACAGUAGUUCUGAAUCAGAUUCUUCGGAUAGUGAAGGGAAUCCUCAACUACAGUCGAAAAAGAAAGGACCACCUCCUAGACCUGCUCCUGUAAUAAAUGCAACAAAAAGGGCUGCAACUUCAGUGGCUACAGUGAAACCGCAAAAAAUCAAACGACCAAAUACAAUAAAAAUUGAAGAAGAUAGUGAGGAUGUAGAUACUGACAAAGAUGUGGAAAACCAUGUUGAAAAAAGUACUUCAGUAAUAAGGGGGAAGAGAAAAGGUCAACCAAAAAAAGGAAAUAAAACGCAGCCACUGACAAAGGCCAUUAUUGCAAGUGAUACUGAUUCGGAUACUGUUGAUACUAAAGUGAAUAUUACAAAAUCGCCAAAUAAACGAUCUGCACAUGGUAUGACAUCCCGUCAAUUAGAAUUGGCAAUGACUAGAUCUGUUAGUGGUGAUAUUCCUACCAAAGGCCAAAGUUCCAGCAGUAGAACGCAUUCAGGGAAAGACAAGGAAUGUCCACUGGCAUCAGCAUGUGACUCUCGUGGACAUCUUUCUGGAAGAUACGAUUCCCAUUUUACGUUGGAAGGCUGUCCCCUGUAUCAUAAUAGUACCCCCCAGGAGUGCAUAGAGUUUUAUAAAGAAAGAAAAAGGCGAGAUGACGAGAGGAAACGAAUGAUAAUUAGCAUGGGAAAGAAAUCGCCAAAAGGCAUUGGGCACCAAACGAACGAGCAACGAAGUUAUCAAACAAGAAUAAAAGAAAUGCGAGGCAAGUUCAAAGAUCCUAUCACGGACGGCAAUGAGUCUGAUAAUAAGAACGAAAUUCAGGGGAUUGACAAAACUCGGCAGCCCAAUCUUGGUAGUUUGACGACGGAUUACGAUCUCAAAUUGUUUUUAGAGGCUCAAGCUGCCGCUAGUGAAAAAAUAGAAAAAGACUUGACAGAAUUAGAACUAGAAGACAUGAAAGAAUUAGAACGAAGGAACAAUGGUCUGAGUACGCAAAUAGUAGAAAUGGGAAAAUAUAAAAUGGCAGUCUGGUACCAAAGUCCGUAUCCUGAGGAAUACAGUAGUGCACCAAAGCUUUAUUUAUGUGAAUAUUGUCUGAGGUAUGCCAAAAGUAGACAAGUUUUGAGGCGGCAUCGAGAAAAAUGUGUUUGGAGGCAUCCACCUGGUCACGAAGUGUACAGGAAAGAAAAAAUUGGUGUCUGGGAAGUGGAUGGUCGAAGAUACAAACAGUACUGCCAAAAUCUUUGCCUUUUAGCCAAAUUUUUUCUGGACCACAAAACAUUGUACUAUGAUGUGGAGCCAUUUCUUUUCUAUGUUAUGACAAUCAACGAUUCAGAAGGUUGCCAUAUUGUCGGUUAUUUUAGCAAGAUGAAUCCUGGAUAAUGGCAAAUGGAAAAGAGUUCCAACAACAACUACAAUGUUUCGUGUAUACUUACUUUGCCGCCGUACCAGAGGAAAGGCUACGGCCGACUGCUCAUCGACUUCAGCUACCUGCUCACGAGGGUGGAGAACAAAAUAGGCUCGCCGGAAAAGCCAUUGUCGGACCUCGGGCUGAUAUCGUAUCGGAGCUACUGGAAGGACGUGCUGCUGCAGUACCUCUGCAACUUUGGCGGCAAGGAGAUAUCCAUCAAAGAUAUUAGCAAAGAGAUGGCUAUCGACUCGUCGGACAUAGUGAGCACGCUGCAAGCCUUGGGAAUGAUGAAGUACUGGAAGGGCAAGCACAUUAUACUUAAGAAACAGGAUAUGAUCGACGAGUACAAGGAGCGGGUGAGGCGGCGGAGCGCCGACUACAAGGAGAUCGAUCCAGAGUGCCUGAAGUGGCAGCCCUUCCAGCCGCCCAAGACGCCCUCUGCCUCGAGCUGAAGUCCUCCGGACGGCCAUCGGCCCUCGAGUUGCACCGAGCCGCCCUUCUUCUCCUCCUCUUCCUCCGUUGGCGCGGCCACCUCCUCCGAGUCGACGACUCGAUCGUUGCAGCAGCAGAAAACCCGGCUACGUAGCCGCAAACGGUAGUGCCGGUGUGAAAUCGGG